GUUGCAAAUUGGAUAAAGAAAAAUUUACAACCAUUCAUAUUCACCAACAAUAUAAUAUACCUAAUCGUGGGCGGGACAAAGGCUUUAUUAGCCGCAACGUCUUAUCAAAUAAACGUAAAGCAAAAAGUUCCAACAAAUCUACCAAAAAUAAAAGAAAAAAAUCGGCAAAAACUAAAAAAAAAUCCGAAGCAAUUGUUAUCCACUCUGAAGAUUCAAAUGAAAGUGGACACGAAGAAAGCUCAAAAAUUGAUAAACUUGAAUAUCAAGAACGGUUGUUGGCAUUAAAAGAACGUGAAUUAGCCUUAAGAGAACGUGAAGCAAAAGUCCAUUCGGUUGAAUUGACAAAUCUUGAAAAAGAACAAAAAUUGAACUACAAUUUAUUACAAAUCACAGAAGUAGUAAUCGCUCCACCGACACUAUUUCUCGAUCUGGCACAUAGAUCUGUUCGUGAUGGUAUUAGUAUUGCCGCUCAAAAUGCUUUUAAUUGCUCUAAAGGAGCUUACACUGGUGAGGUCAGUCCUGAACAAUUAAAGGACCUUGGUAUUGAUUGGGUAAUCUUGGGCCAUUCAGAACGUAGGGAGAUCUUUAAAGAGUCUGAUGAAUUUGUUGCUUCUAAAGUAGCACAUGCCUUAAAUGCCAAUAUGAAAGUGAUAGCCUGUAUUGGAGAAAAAUUAGAAGAACGAGAGGCUGAAAAAACUGAAGAGGUUGUGAUCAGACAACUUCAAUGUAUAGGUGAGAAGGUCGAUAAUUGGAAGAAUGUUGUAAUUGCCUAUGAACCUGUUUGGGCAAUUGGUACUGGAAAAGUAGCAACGCCACAGCAAGCCCAGCAAGUUCACGUUAUCAUUCGAGAUUGGUUAGCAAAAAAUGUAUCCCAACAAGUAGCCCAAGAUACGCGUAUUAUCUAUGGAGCGAAAAAACCUGAUGUUGAUGGAUUUCUUGUCGGUGGUGCUUCCUUAACAGAGCAGUUUAUUAAAAUUAUCAGUUGUUUCAUUCCUCCCGAAAACUAA